UCUGUCGUAAACCUGGCGCCGGACUAAAAUAAACCCGAGAUAAGAGAGCUCAGGGCUCGCCUCCCUCCUCCUUCCUCCUGCGCGGCGAGCGCUCGGCGCGCUCCGGAGCCCCCCUCUCUUGGCGCAGCCAGCCGGCCGGAGGGGAGCCGGCAGCCGCCCCGGGCUGAGCCCCCCCGAGCUCCCCCGCUGCCCGGCGGCCGAGCCAUGUCGCUGAGCCCCAAGCACACGACGCCCUUCUCCGUCACCGACAUCCUGAGCCCCAUGGAGGAGAGCUACAAGAAGUUCGGGGCGCUGGAGGGCGCCGGGCACCUGGGCUCCCCGCUGGGGGCUUAUCGCCAGGCGCAGGGCGCGCAAGCUGCCCCGGCCAUGCAGCAACACGCCAUCGGCGGCCACAACGGGGCGGCGGCCGGCGCCUACCACAUGCCGCACGGCGUCUCCCAGUUCCCCCACAGCGCCGUGGGGGGCUACUGCAACGGGGGGCUCGGCAACAUGGGCGAGCUGCCCGCCUACCCCGACAGCAUGCGGAACAGCGCGGCCGCCGCCGCCAGCGGCUGGUACGGGGCCAACCCGGACCCCAGGUACUCCACAAUCUCCAGGUUCAUGGGCCCCUCGGCCGGGAUGAACAUGGCUGGCAUGGGCACCCUGAGCGGCAUCGCUGAGGCGGCCAAGACCAUGGCCCCUCUCCACGCGGCGCCCCGGCGGAAGCGGCGGGUGCUCUUCUCCCAGGCGCAGGUCUACGAGCUGGAGAGGCGCUUCAAGCAGCAGAAGUACCUGUCGGCGCCGGAGCGGGAGCACCUGGCCAGCAUGAUCCACCUCACCCCGACGCAGGUGAAGAUCUGGUUCCAGAACCACCGCUACAAGAUGAAGCGGCAGGCGAAGGACAAGGCCACGCAGCAGCUCCAGCAGGAGCCCAGCCUGUGCCAGCAGCAGCAGCCCUCCCCGCGGCGGGUGGCCGUGCCGGUGCUGGUGAAGGACGGGAAACCCUGCCCGGGCAACCUCAGCAGCACCCCGGCUGCGCCCAACCAGCCGGCGCCCCAGGGCGCCUCCAGCGGCGGGCUCCCGGCGUCCAGCAGCGCCGCGCACCAGCACCAGAGCCAGCCGGUCAGCUCGCUGAGCCAGGCCCCGGAGCUGGAGGAGAUGUCGCCCAGCCCCCCCUCCCUCCACAGCCAGGUCGGCGGCAUGGCCCAGAUGGACACGGCCAACGUCGAUUACAGCAGCGGCCUUGUCAACCCCAACCUGCUGUACAGCAGGACGUGGUAACGCGGCGGGGGGGUGGGGGGCGGCCUGGGACUGCCUGGGGAGCGGGCUAGGAGCACCCCCCGCCGCCACCCACCCCAACCGUGCUGGCGCCUGCGGCUUUCUUCCCUGCGAGGCCGCCCCUGGAGGGGAAGAGCCGAGCGCCUUCCUCCGCUCUCGUUGUCGUGGUUGAGUUUAUUUUAUAUGAUCCAUUAUUAAGUAUUAUGACGAUUCCUUUUUCUAAAGACUUGAAUUGCAACCAGGUCUCUAACGCCGAGUUGCCAACGCUGCGGCAGACCGUGUGCGAGCCGGCGUGGACUUCUUCGGUGGGGCUGAAAGGCGGAUCCGAAGUCUCGCCCGUGUAGGGGCCGGGGGACGGGGGAAGGGAAGGGGAGAAAGAACUAAAACAAACCCACAGAAAAACCCUUGUUGCUUUAGGAUAUCUGAGGCCACUGCCCAGUACAGGUGCGGGCUUCCCUCCUGCGCGUCUGACUUCGGCUCUGGUGUAAUGUACCAGUAACCGAAUUAAAAGCUGACGCAGCAGAUUGACAAGAGUUAGUGUUUACCACCGUAAAGUCUCCGAUUUUUUUUUUUUAGGCUAGUUAAAAAAUACAAAAACCCAGUUGGUUGGUGUCUCUAUCUUAUAAACCAAUUGAAAGCGAACAAUAAAGCGUUUGAAGUGCAACUUAUCUGGUAGAAUUAAUUUUAUAAGGGUGCCCCUUAAGUGCAAUUUCAUUAUUAUUUGAUUGAAAGUAAAUUGAAUUGUAACUCAAGGUCGAUGAGGCAUACAGCAAUGUUAGCUGAGAACAGUUAUUGCCAUUUAGGUGACAGGGAAAGAAAAGCAGCGGUAACAAUCAGCUCGAGAAAAAAGACUUGUAUUAUACCCGCUGAGGAUAUUUUUACAGAAGAGCUUUUGAACUUUGAUGCUCAGAUUUAAAACCAAGUUUUAUUGUUGUUAAUUAUUAUUAUUUAGUAAGGAUUUGGAUGUAUGUUGACAAACCAACCACCCCUCUCACUACGUGUAAUAUGUGACCCGUCCCAACGGUGAAAGGUCGCCGGUUAAGUUACAUUUGACCUGAUGAAAUAAAGAAACUCGGAAAAAUUCCUCCAAAAUGUGUGACCUGCUCUUGGUAUCCCAGUAUAAUUUUACCCGAAGCUAAAUAUUGUUAGUAGAAAGCACUGAAUUAUUGCCAGCAGCAUAGCUACAGCUAUGAACGAGGGGGGGAUGAAACCUGAAAUGCCCAGCAGCCAGACCCUGAAAAUGCCAUCGGCUAGGGAGAAUGCUAAAUAUUAUGCUGGCUUUAGACAAUUAAAAAAAUCCAGGAAAAUAAAUUACAACAACGUGUUUUCUUCCUCCCGCCUCUUCCCGAAUACAAAAAAAUACAGAGAAACUAAAUAAACCUUAGACUUUUUCAGCAAUUUUUUAUAGUAUAAGAAAUCGCGGUUGCUCACAAAAAAAAUCUGUUUUAAUUGUACAAAAGACGUU